AUGCUGGAAUCUGAGGAAACGCAGGAAUCUGAGGAAAUGCAGGAAUCUGAGGAAACGCAGCAAUCUGAGGAAAUGCAGCAAUCUGAGGAAAUGCAGCAAUCUGAGGAAAUGCAGGAAUGUGAGGAAAUGCAGGAAUGUGAGGAAAUGCAGCAAUCUGAGGAAAUGCAGGAAUCUGAGGAAAUGCAGGAAUCUGAGGAAAUGCAGGAAUCUGAGGAAAUGCAGGAAUCUGAGGAAAUGCAGCAAUCUGAGGAAAUGCAGCAAUCUGAGGAAAUGCAGGAAUCUGAGGAAAUGCAGGAAUCUGAGGAAACGCAGCAAUCUGAGGAAAUGCAGCAAUCUGAGGAAAUGCAGGAAUCUGAGGAAAUGCAGCAAUCUGAGGAAAUGCAGGAAUCUGAGGAAACGCAGGAAUCUGAGGAAAUGCAGCAAUCUUGGAAAUGCAGCAAUCUGAGGAAACGCAGGAAUGUGAGGAAAUGCAGCAAUCUGAGGAAAUGCAGCAAUCUGAGGAAAUGCAGGAAUCUGAGGAAACGCAGCAAUCUGAGGAAAUGCAGCAAUCUGAGGAAAUGCAGCAAUGUGAGGAAACGCAGGAAUCUGAGGAAACACAGCAAUGAAUGUGAGGAAAUGCAGGAAUCUGAGGAAACGCAGCAAUCUGAGGAAAUGCAGCAAUCUGAGGAAACGCAGCAAUGUGAGGAAACGCAGGAAUCUGAGGAAAUGCAGGAAUCUGAGGAAAUGCAGGAAUGUGAGGAAAUGCAGCAAUCUGAGGAAAUGCAGCAAUCUGAGGAAAUGCAGGAAUGUGAGGAAACGCAGCAAUGUGAGGAAACGCAGGAAUGUGAGGAAAUGCUGGAAUCUGAGGAAAUGCAGCAAUCUGAGGAAACACAGGAAUCUGAGGAAAUGCAGCAAUCUGAGGAAAUGCAGCAAUCUGAGGAAACGCAGCAAUCUGAGGAAAUGCAGGAAUCUGAGGAAAUGCAGGAAUCUGAGGAAAUGCAGGAAUCUGAGGAAACGCAGCAAUCUGAGGCAGAGCAGCCCACAGACUGUCCCAGCAGCGCUGUGUCCACACCACACUCCCACAGAAAGCUCCUCCAUCCCUCCUGCUGA